UAUGGUAUUUGAGAUUAUAGGCUCUGUGACCUGAGUACAACAGUUCAAGAGAAAUUUAUUAAAUCCCAGAUGUCCCAUUUCACUGUCCAGCAGAUCUAAUAACUAAGCCUGUAUUUGUUGAAGCUUCCUCCUUUUUACUAUAACAUUCAUCACCAGGUCACGUGAUAUGGCUAUUCAAGGGAGGAUUAUAUUUGUACACCCGGGAGCCCUCUUGGAUCUAACACUCCAUUGCUUAGCUCUCAUUGCAGAACCCAAUCUAAGGAUGGAGAAGAGGUCUCGAAGCUCUUCCAGGGAGUCUCAUAAGCGAAAUAGAAAUUCUCCACCUAAGAACAAAAGAGGAAAGUCAGAGAAAGGUGAUAGAGUCAGUAGCAGCCAAAAUGCUGGACAGGAGAAGCAGGAUUCUAAGAGAAGGAAAGGAAAGGAGGACAAGGAUGUUGGAACUACCCUAGAAGCAGAUAACAGAAUCCAGACUUCUACCAUAGUGGAUGUAGAUGAUGUCAUGGGCUCCUUGGAAGACGAAACUGAAGUGAUGGCACUGUUGGAAAGCGAGCAACAGGAAGAAGGUAUAAAAUCAUCUCAUCUAGGAAUCUGCGAGUGGCUUCUCAUCAUCUUAUCCUUGCUCUUCAUCACUGCAACUUUUCCACUCUCUGUUUGGUUCUGCAUAAAGGUAGUGAGGGAGUAUGAGAGAGUCAUUAUAUUCCGUCUAGGACAUCUUCUUCCAGGAAGAGCCAAAGGCCCUGGCCUUUUCUUCUUUCUGCCCUGCCUGGAUACCUACCACAAGGUGGAUCUUCGCCUCCAAACCCUAGAGAUUCCUUUCCAUGAGGUGGUGACAAAAGAUAUGCUCAUAAUGGAGAUAGAUGCCAUCUGCUACUACAGGAUGGAAAAUGCUUCUCUACUCCUAAACAACAUUGCCCAAGUGUCCAGAGCUGUCCAGUUGCUGGUACAAAUCACCAUGAAGCGCCUCCUGGCCCAUCGCUCCUUCACUGAGAUACUCCUAGAGAGGAAAAGCAUUGCCCAAGACAUCAAGGUGGCUUUGGAUGCAAUCACAUGUCGCUGGGGAAUCAAAGUGGAGAGAACAGAAAUUAAAGAUGUGCGACUGCCCACAGGCCUCCAGCAGUCACUGGCUGUGGAAGCAGAGGCUCAAAGACAGGCCAAAGUGAGGAUGAUUGCUGCUGAGGGGGAGAAGGCUGCCUCGGAAUCCCUGAGGAUGGCAGCUGAGAUACUAUCGGGCAGCCCAGCCGCUGUUCAACUUCGCUAUCUUCACACCCUUCAAUCCUUGUCCACAGAGAAGCCGUCCACUGUCAUCUUACCUUUGCCCUUUGAUCUCACGAGUCUCUUACCUCCUGCUGGCAACAGAAUGCAAGGAAGCCUCCCCUUACCCAAUCCUCCCAGGCAGGUAGAAACACGGGAUCCCUCAAAAAAAGAUUCUCCCAUGUUGUGAGACCCCAAAAGGAUAUAAUUAAGAGGUCCUGUAGCACCAGAGGAUGCAAAAUUUAGUCAUGUGUAACUUAGCACUCUUGUUGUUUGCAUCUAUUUUGGUCACCAUAUAGAAUGUCAAUGGAAUGAAAACAAAGGCACCCUCUGGGGUGAGAAAAUCUAUGUCAUCCCUACAUUAGUAAGAAGGCAUCUUCCUGUUGUGGUUCAUAGCUUGUCAAAAAAAAAAUCUUACAGGAUCCACUUACUUAGAGCAAGCUUUGGGAAGGAAAUUCUAACCCUUCCUAAGGAAAUAUUCAUCUUAAAAUAACUUUAAGCCAAUGGAUCUUCCCAAUUGUGUCACUUAACUACAAAUUUCAUGGCUAAGCCCUUAUACUUUAUAACAUUAAAAAAGAGACAUACAUUU